AUGACAUGCGACCCUGACGAAAACGACAACCUCUAUAAAAUCGAUAUAAGAAUUGAGGAUGAUGAAGGCAAUCACCUUAAAGAGCUUUUUGAAAAAGGACUCGGUUCACUCUUAGAUGAUGAGCAUUUUUUAUUGCUUUAUGUUCCUGAAGACAAUGGCGACAAGAUGCAAAUUGUACGACCUGCCAGCAAUCUAUUCCAUCGAAGACGCAUGAUCAAAAGGGACAAUGAAGCCAAACGCAUUCCAUCUUUUUAUUACGCAUUGUCACAUCUUUGGGGGCUUACAGAAAACAACCGUUACCACUGGAAUGAUAUCAAUGAAUACGUGAAUGACGAAAACGGCCAACCAGUAAAGCCUGUAUCCAUGCGACCUGAGAAACGAGAUGCAUUACUUACAAUGCUCCAGGACCAUCCUGACAGCUAUUGGUGGAUUGAUGUCUUGUGUGCACGUACCAAUACACCUUUGGAUAUCAUAGGUGAUAUUUAUUCUUGUUGUCUUGAAUGUAUUGCCAUGAUCGACUGUGAUCCAACCCCUGAUACCUACCAUUCACACGAUGUCGGAUACAGCAAAAGAUUUCGAGGAAUUACAUUUCAAUGCAGGAGGAUGCCCAACCUACGACCAGAUUUAUCAAACGAAAGCUCCUCAGCUGAUUGA